CUCUGGCUUCCUUAAAAUUUAUACCAUCCAGGCAUUCUCUAUUCAGUGUUCUCUUCCUACAAGCUUCUCUUCGCCAUUUCAUGGCUUUUGUUUCCAAACCCACCAAUAUUAACUUGGUUUAACCAUUAUUGAAGCAAAGAAUUGAUCAGAAAUAUGGACAGGCUCAUAAGAUUAGACCCAUCGAACAUCGUUCCCAUCAGAGUUGAAGCAGGGCAGAAAUGCGUUGGCCAUAUCACAUUACGCAAUGUUAUGUACACCAUGCCAGUGGCCUUUAGGCUUCAACCACUGAUCAAGACUCGUUACACAGUGAAGCCUCAGUCUGGAAUUAUAUCCCCUUUGGCCACACUUACACUGGAGAUUGUAUAUCAUCUUCCACCUGGAGCGACCCUCCCUCACUCUUAUCCUCACUCCGAUGAUUCUUUCCUUCUGCACAGUGUGGUGGUUCCUGGUGCAGCAAUUAAAGAGCCUUCCUCUAUGUUUGAUUCCGUUCCAAACGACUGGUUCACCACUAAGAAGAAGCAGGUCUUUAUAGACAGUGGCAUCAAGAUCAUGUUUGUGGGUUCGCCAAUUUUAGCCCAACUCGUUGCAGAUGGUUCCAUGGAUGAUAUCAGAGACGCCCUUGAACGAAGCGACACGUCAUGGAAGGCUCCGGACUCGAGGGACUCACAAGGUCAGAGUUUGCUUCACUUGGCUAUUUCACAGAGCAGACCGGACCUUGUUCAAUUACUCCUCGAAUUCAAGCCCGAUAUAGAAGCUCCCAAUCGCGCUGGUUCAACCCCACUUGAGGCUGCAUCUUCCUCCGGUGAGUCCUUAAUAGCUGAGCUUCUAUUAGCUCACAAGGCCAAUACUGAGCGAUCAGAAUCAUCCGUUUGGGGGCCAAUUCACCAUGCAGCUAAAGGAGGACACUUGGAGGUCCUGAGGCUUCUUUUGCUGAAAGGGGCUAACGUAGACUCUCGGGCAAAGGAUGGUAGCACAGCUUUGCACCUCGCAGUUGAAGAAAGAAGACGAGAUUGCGCUAGACUUCUGUUGGCUAACGGUGCCAGAACCGACGUUCGCAACACCGGAGACGGCCACACACCUUUACACAUAGCCGCAUCCACCGGCGACGAGAACAUGGUCAAGCUAUUGCUACAAAAGGGUGCGAAUAAGGAAGUGAGAAAUGGGUUGGGGAAAACCGCGUACGACGUCGCCGCCGAGAAUGGACAUAGUCGUCUCUUCGAUGCGCUUAAAUUAGGGGACGAUCUCUGCGUGGCGGCGAGAAAAGGGGAGGUGAGAACCAUACAGAGGCUGAUCGAGAACGGAGCAUCCAUUAAUGGGAGGGACCAACACGGCUGGACGGCGCUUCACAGAGCCGCCUUCAAAGGACGAACAGAUGCGGUUCGGGCUCUCCUAGAGAAAGGGGUGGAUGUGGAUGCUAAGGACGAGGAUGGGUAUACGGCGUUGCAUUGCGCGGCGGAGUCAGGUCAUGCCGAUGUGACCGAGCUAUUGGUGAAGAAAGGAGGAGAUGUCGAAGCGAGGACCAAUAAGGGUGUGACCGCGUUGCAAAUAGCGGAGUCGCUGCACUAUGUGGGGAUCACAAGGAUACUCGUUAACGGCGGGGCUAGCAGGGAGAACAACAGUCAGAUUCCAGCACGGCCAGCCAAUAUUCCGUUUGGUAAACAAAUGGAGGGUGGGGAGAAAAAGAAGAAGAUAGUCAGAAACAGAGGGCUUCGGGCCAGCUUCGAUCGCUCGGCUGCUCUAGCCGUGAUGUAGGCAGGGUCCCUGUCUCUUCUAUGUUUACAACUUUACAUUUUGGGAUGCCCCGUUUCGUGGUUGAUUUUAGGCUUAUAAUUUGUGGAUGGAAUUGUAGAUUAAUGAUAUAUGUUGCUUCUAGACUU